AUGCUUUGUAAGCUCUUUCAUCGAGCCUGUUUCGCCCUAGCUCUAAUUGCUCUGGCUGGCGAUAUCGAGUCCAACCCCGGCUACCAGACGCUAGACGACAUAAGGAACACUCGUGGACUAAAAAUUGCUCACUUAAACAUACGAAGUCUCGUACACAAGACCGACUCUUUGCGCCUUGAGGGAAUCGACAGUAAAACAGUGGACAUUCUAACUCUAUCCGAGACAUGGUUGGGUGGGAAUAUUUGCGACACAGAAAUUAAUCUUCCUGGAUUCGUGUGCGUUUGUCAGGAUCGCACUGGCAUUAAAGAGGGAUAUGGUGGUGUAGCUAUCUAU